AUGGCUCUCGAGCCCGGGUCUGGUCGUCGCUCAGUAUCUCCAGAGAGUUCAGGUCGAGAAUCUCCCAUUCCACGGCAAUGGAGGAAUCAGCUCGGUGAAGAGGACUAUGCUAUCAAGGAUAAAUCAUAUCGAAAAUAUGCCCACGGAGUUGACAGAGCACUGGUAUUGUUCGAAACUGCUUUAGAAGAAUGGGCCGACUACAUAUCGUUCUUGAACAAGCUUCUUAAAGCUUUGCAAGCCCGUCCAAAAUCAGUCAAUGCGAUUCCCUCCAAGGCGACUGUCGCGAAACGACUCUCGCAAUGUCUUAACCCGUCCCUACCAUCCGGCGUCCACCAAAAAGCACUAGAACUAUACAGUCUGGUAUUCUCAGUCAUUGGAAAAGAUGGUCUGUCAAGGGAUCUUCCCCUAUAUUUACCAGGGCUGGCUACAGUUCUCUCCUUCGCUUCAUUGUCUGUACGAGCACCAUACCUCGAUCUCCUCGAACGUCAUUUCCUCGGCAUCGACCCUCGAUCGCUUCGCCCAGCAAUGAAAUCUAUCAUCCUCGCCUUGCUUCCAGGGUUAGAAGAAGAAACGAGUGAGGAUUUCGAACGGACACUGCGCCUAGUUGAGAGUUUCAAGCAUGCAAUCAGACCAUCUUAUAGCGAAGCGAUCACCGACCAACAUUCUUCGGGUGAUGCAUUCUUCUGGCAAUGCUUUUUUCUGGCUUCGAUAACUAGUCAGAGUCGUCGCUCCGGUGCACUUGCAUACUUGAUACGAUUCUUGCCACCAUUAGGGCCUCAAGCUGCCCCCGACAAGAAUAAGGCAACGUCAACACAGAGCGAUGCCAACGAUGACACUAAGAGCAAACUAGCCAAUAUCGUGACAUCCCCUGAGCCAGGUCUCUUGCUGCGUUGUUUUGCGAGUGGUCUCUCAGAUGAGCAGCUACUCAUCCAGCGUGGUUUCUUGGACCUUUUGGUAUCUCAUCUUCCCUUGAACGCUCAUGUUAUUCAGUCACGGGUCAAACAAGAUGACCUGGAAUUGCUACUUAAAGCCGCUAUCGGUGUGGUCACUCGGCGCGAAAUGAGCUUGAAUAGACGCUUGUGGGCCUGGUUGCUAGGACCUGAACCGAUGGCUGAGCAUGACAACAGUAAUGAGAACCCAAGCAGUCCUUCCGCAGAUCAACAUGGCUUUGCGGCCUCAAGAACCCAUUACUUUGAGGAUUUUGGACUGCGCCCCCUAACAAGAGCUAUCUUACAAAUGAUCGAGAGCAGUUCUCACAAUGCCGCCAGUGAGCGUGCUAAGCCUUACAGGAUAUGUCUUUCAUUGAUGGACAGGUGGGAAAUUGGCGGUCUGGUAGUGCCUGAAGUCUUUCUUCCUAUGAUCGAAAGUGUGCGAUAUUUCAAAGAUCAUGCCUCGAGCAAAUCAGAGUUCAACGAGAUCUUACCAAGUGCCAGCACUUUCUUUGAUGGUAUUGAGAGCGGGCUUAUUUACGGUGAGAUCGCUGGACUUCUUGCGCAGGCUCUGGGACCAGGAUCUCUUAACGCACACGAGCGGAAAGAUAAGCUUUCACUAGUAAGCUUCAUCUUAGCCAACUUCAAUGUCAAGGAGGAAGAAAUGGUUACAAUUCAUGCUCCUCUGUGUUGCUUGGCUGCUCUGGCUAUGCUGGAAGAUUUUAAGGAGCGCGUAUCAUCACAAGAUAGCGCAGAUUCAGAACUUAUUUCCCUGUCCAGCCAGGCACAGAGCGUCGCUCUCUCGCUCUUGGACCUUAUACCAGAACGAGUCUUUCCCGAGUUGACUGAAGACGCAAAGGAUAAGAGCGGAAACUCGACCUUACCUUCGAACGGCGAGAUAUUGAAAAGAUCUCAGAGAUUCUAUGUCAAUGAGCAGGGUAAUGUUGAGACAUGUCCGCCGCCAUUCAAUGCUUUGACUGUAGGACAGACCAUUCUGGAGAAAGCUGCCCAGUUUGUCUGCCUGGGCUUGGGGUCCUCUGAGACUGACCUCAACGCUUGCAUCAGGCUUCUCGUUCUUGCUGUCCACAAAACUCCCAGGACGUACCAGGUUAAGGAGAUACAACUCCUGAAGCUCAUGCAUGGCCUUCUUGAACAACCAGAUGUCAUGGCAUUUUCUUCUUUCUCGGCCAUUCUGCAAUUAUCGACUCAGCUGUACUACGCCGAAAGGAUCGAGACAAAUCAACUUUCAAGCCUGAUACCUCCCCUAGUUCGACAUGCCUGGACAUACCUGUCGGCGUCAGAGCCGAAGUACCACGUAGAAGCAGUCAGAGGUCUGUGGCAACUGCAAUCAGCCCUGACAACAUCUAAUCGCGAUAUCGAAGCGGCGUUGUCUAGUCUAAUCAUCACGCAAAGCACGUCACGCCUGCGUGGUGUUGAGCCCGUAGAUAAGGGUCGUGCUUUGGGUGUGCUAUGGUCACAUACCCUUCAGGAUAAUGCCCCCACUGAGCGGCGAGGUUCAAAAACACCGAUGCAUGAUAUGAAGAUUCUGCCUCGAAUCGCUGGAGCUGAUAAUUACGAAGUUAUGCUUACGCAGCCUUUAUUCCUCAUCCUCGAUGCCCUGGAGGACGAUCGGACCCAACUGUAUAUGACGGUGAAGUCAUGGCUGAAUACAAUGCUAGGCAUCGAUAGGCUUUUUCUAAUGUUUGUUUCCAAGCUAGCCGAGAUACCCCUUUUGCAAACUCUCACCCAAAGUGAUACGAAGAAUGACCAAGUGUCAAUGCCAUUGUCUGAGGACGAAGAUUUGGAUCUUGCUCUUUACUACUUGCGGACUCUAUCCAACAUAUUAGCAUGUGCUGGGGAGAUCUCAUGGAAUGUAAUGGCAUCUAAGCAUGUUUCUUUUCACGGUCAGCACAUACAGAUCAGCUCUGGGGGUGAAGAACACGAGAUGACUCUGCAGGAUUUCUUCGUCAGCGUAUGCAUAAGAUGCAUAACGAGCAACCCUACCGAAACCGUCACUCAAGAAUCCGAGAGUCGUGUCAACCAACUUUACCGUUACGCUCUUAGCCUUCUUCACAAGUUUCUUAACAGCCCUUUUGCUACUCAUCUAUCAGUCCAGCAGCUCGAGAAUGUGUUAAUAGAGCGACUUGAAAAGUCACUUCGAGGUUCUGAUGCAUAUGUACAAGUCCUCUUGCUUGAUGCGGUUUAUGAUACGCUAAAGCUUCGAGAUAUCGCUCCCGCUGAAGCUCCUCCGUCUCCUAUAUCCGAACGGAGACAAUCGUCAUUUGAUCCUCGAGGAAGCAGGCCAUCGCUUUCAGCACCGGAAAACCGACCAGUUACGACGCCCCCACCUCAGCUUCUUCAAUGCCUUCAAGACGGUCUCAGCUCGCCCAGUAGCCGGCCAGUCCUCGAUAGCUGGGUUGUUUUCGUGUCUGAGUGCCUGCCAUUAUACUCGGAUUCUAUUUUCCAGGUAGUCAUUCCUUUGGUCGAGACCCUCUGCAGAGAAAUAGGCACGACUUUUACCAACUUGAGAGAGACAUUCUACUCGAAUGCUCUGUCCCUUGGUAGUGACAAACAAUCCCCCGAGUCCACAUUGAUCUUUCUGCUCAAUGGCCUUGAGCAGGUUCUGGCGAGGGCACAUCAACAGCUUUUGAGUGAGGAGGCUCGGACACAGGUGGUUAAGGGCCCAGACCAACCUCAAUCGCUUUUUGGAAGUAUGGUAUCAAAUGUUUGGCAGUCAGACAGCACUCAAUCUCGCAGCGCUACGGCAAAUGAUCGACUAACAGUUCAUCUGGCUUUCCAAGAUGCGGUCCGCAUUUGCUACAGAAUUUGGACGUGGGGCCAGGGCAACGACUCAACUAAACAGGACCAGGGCUCUUUUGGGUCGUUCAAUUAUACAUCCUUGCGCAUGCGAAAUCGCUCUAGAAGGUUGCUUGAGCACUUAUUUGCUGCGGAGAACCUGGAAUGCCUCGAGACUGUCAUUGCUUCUUGGAAGCAGUCGACCGAGGAAGGAGAGCCAAGCCAGGUUUUUAACAUGCUAUCCGCGUUGGAGGCAUGCCGACCAAAGCACUGUAUUCCCGCUCUCUUCAACGCUAUCUACCGACGCACGAGCGUGGGUAGUGCCGAUCCAGCAUCCAAGUCAACAAUGACAAUCUCAUUGCAAGACACUGACCUUGUCAAGUUCCUUGUUGAAUACACGAGGACACUAGAUGAUGAUGCUAUGGACGAAAUUUGGCAGGACUGUAUGGCUUUCCUGAAAGACCUUCUGACGAAUCCAUUUCCUCAUAGACAAACGCUGCCGAACCUGCUUGAAUUUGCUGCUCUUCUAGGAGAGAAGGUCGAUAAUACGAACUUCGGGGAACAAAGAAGAAUGCGAAAGGAACUAGGGGACACCUUUAUCCGUUUGCUUGCGGCUCUUUUCACUACAAGGCCUAUGGCAUUUGCUGAUCCGGCAAUGUUAAGCAGCGGCAUCCCCAAGUCUGACUCAGGCAACUCUCUCAACGGAUUCGGCGAAGGACCAGAUGAAGUUGUCUCUAUCCUUGCCGGGAUCGUUCCCAAAUUGUCAAAGAUUCUGGUCGAACCUGACAGAGUACUUUCAGCCUCGGCAACUAUUUCCACUAAUGUUAUCGGACCAACACUCAGGGCCAAGGGUUUCCCCGAAAUAGUCUCCAAAAACACCAUGCGUCUUCUUCAUGAGUUAGCAAGAGUUCAUAAUAACCAAAAGAACUGGAAGAAGGACGUUGGAGACGCCUUCAACGACCCUAAGUUCUUCGGAAUGGAUUUGGAUCUUGUGAAAGAUGACUGGCUACCAUUGCUAAAGCAAUGGAGUUUCACCGACAAAGAGAAGAUGCCAGAGAUUGUAGGCCGCAUCAGCUCUCCAUCGACAGCUGGCAUUGUGUUUGGUGUUGGAGCAACGUCGGCUCGCCUUGAAGCUGAUCGCAAGACGCAACUAAAUCUUCGAAGAAUUGCGGCUUUGAUUCUCGCAAGCUCCGAAGACGCAUUUGUUUCGGAUUUGUCCGACAUUUUUGGAAAGCUGGCUGAGCUUCUUGGGGCUUCAUCGACAUCUUCGCCAUCGUCAACUACCCGAGCAGAUAUUUACAUGGUGUUCCGUGCACUUGCUCUCAGGACCAGCGCGAUUCAUCUAGGCAUGCUCUGGCCUGUAGUAAACGCUGAAAUCCAUGCAGCUAUCUCUUCCGUUGCUGCGCCCGACAACAGCGCUGCUUCUGACACUUACACCAACGCUUCGGUUCUCCAGGCCUGCAAGCUACUGGAUCUCCUGAUAUGCGUUGCGCCAGACGAUUUCCAGCUUCACGAAUGGUUGUUUAUCACUGACACUAUCGAUGCUGUAUAUCGACCAUCUACGUAUCAGCCCGUUGCUCUGGUCGACGAGCUUUCCGACGAGCUGGGCGCCACGGUGACCGCUUCGGGAUUCCACUCUUCUUCGGUAGUCAACCCAGUAGUCCAAGGUUCAUCUCGAAGGCCGCUACUUGGACCAGGAGGCAUCAAUGACGAUGUUAGUCUUGACAGAAAGGACGAAUUGGUAGCCAAGGUGCUCCGGCCGUUCUUUGGACAGCUCAGUAUCUUCGCGUUCGAGUCUACUUAUGCAAUGGGGCGGGUUGACAGAGAGGCAUGCAUCUCGGGCUUGUUGAGAGAUCUUUUCGAUGAGCGAAGUAUAGUUAGACCACUAUAG